AUGGCCACGAUCACAGUUCCUCAAGUUGUCCCUUCUCCGGUUGAAGAUGCUGAGGCGCUCAUGAAGGCCUUCCAAGGAUGGGGCACUGACGAGCAGGCAGUGAUCUACAUACUAGCUCACCGGGACGCAGCGCAGAGGAAGCUGAUCCGGCUGGCGUACGAAGAGAAAUACAACGAGCGCCUCACCGACCGGCUCGAGUCAGAACUCUCCGGCGAUCUUCAGACGGCGAUGGGCUACUGGGUGCUCGACCCCGCGGAGAGGCAGGCCGUGAUCGCCAACGCCGCCACGAAAUGCAUCGACGAGGAGUACCCCGUGAUCGUGGAGAUCGCGUGCGCCAACUCGCCCGCCGAGCUCCUGGAAGUGAAGCGGGCCUACCACGCCAUCUACAAGCGCUCGCUCGAGGAAAACGUCGCCGCUGGUGCCACGGGAAACCUCCUUCAGCUCUUGGUCGCUCUGGUGAGCACCUACAGGUACGACGGCGACGAGGUGGACGGCGGGCUAGCGAGAUCGGAAGCGAAGAUCAUUCAAGCGGACGUGAAAAACGGCGUCACGGCGGAUCACGGGGAGCUCAUCAGGGUUCUGGGCUCCAGGAGCAGAGCCCAGCUCGGCGCCACGUUCAACUGCUUCAGAGAUGAGCACGGCACCACCGUCACCAAGGUCCUGAGGAGCGCGAUGCACAAGUCGGGGAGCGACGAGGAGAGCCUGCUCCGGGUGGUGGUGAUGCACGCGGAGAAGGACCUCAGGGGCAUCAAAGACGAGUUCCACAAGAGGGCGUCGGUUGCCUUGGAGCAAGCCAUCGCCAAGGAAACCUCCGGUGACUUCAAGACCUUCAUCAUGGCUCUUGUUGGGACUAGCCAAUAA